UUCUCCAGAACUUACCGGAAACCAAACUUAAAAAAAAAAAAUGUUUCGUAGCCAUGAGCAAAAAGAGGAAAAGGGAGACAGAAGUAGCAGUUCGGCGUUUAAACUUUUGUUGUUCCUCUUUUUUCAUCAUUGCAAUAUGGUGGAUUCCACAAAGAUUAACGCGAAAAGAAGAAAAAUACCAUCGCGUUGGGAAAGAUAAAGUCGCCUCAGCGUCUUUUCCGAAAGACAUAACGGAUCUUAGUUUUUAUGAUGGAAGAUGGUGUGGAGUGGAACUCAGGCAGUCCAGGAAAGGCGGGCUGGCUGAAAAAAUGCUCCGGAAAGUUCCUUGGGGUCUACAAAGACUGCUACGUCCAAUUGGAACGGGCAGAGAUAGGGAUCUACAAGAAUGAGGACUUACAGAAGUGUGUUGAGAGGCUUCCGCUGGAGAACUACGAGAAAUGCCAUGAGCUGAAGAGCACCUUCAAGAAGAAGAACCGGCUGGUGUUAAUGCGAUCCCCCAGAUCAGGGAAUAAGGUCCACGAUGUCAAGCUUCAAGCUCAAACUCCUGAAGAGAAAGAGGCUUGGAUCAAGGCCCUCAGUGAUGCUAUCAACGGCAUGAAAAAUAACAUCUUCGAUGAGGUGAAGGUCGAGGGAAGGUCCUUAGAACAUGUGACCCUGACACGACCUAAAGGAAACCAGAACCGAAGACCACCAACAAGGAUUCAUUUGCGGGAAGGUGCUAAUGUCAAAUCGAAUGGGAUUAUGGAUAGCACAUCUGACACCCAUCGCACUGCGACUGAUGGGGUCACUCCAGAAUACUCUGUGAAGCCCCCCAAGCCGCCAUGUAAGUCUACUGAGACCUCAAAGCACAACCCUGACGAAGAGGAAAGUCCUCAGCACAGACUUCUGAAGGUGGAUAAUGCACUGGAGUUAAUACCAGAGGAAGAGCCGCUACAGCAAGUCACACUGGACAGCGGGGGAGACACCAAGAACCAGAUCGAUUUGACUCCACAUCUGCCACACAAAGAGCUGAAGCCUCCGAUGCCUCCAUCCAAAAACAAGAAGCCCAGUCCUGUUGUGGAAGAAGAAAAGAUGUCGUACAGCGACGAGCAGGAUGCAAGUGUAGAAACCAGCAGCAGCUCUGAGGAAAUGGCGGCCACACUGAAGUCCACUCCGAUUACUCCUAAGAAGCCCGUUAUGCACUCAGAUUGGAAGGCUGUACAAGCUGGGGUUGAAUGGUCUGCAAAGGGUGACUCCCCAGGACUGAACUCAGCAUCCGUCCCAAGUUCACAGGAAACCGUCAAGGAGCAUUUAUUGCAUCUUUCAGAAAAACUGGAGAAGGGAGCGAUAAAAAGUGCCUCAAUGGGAGACCUCCUGUCCAAGGUAGAGGACGAGGAGGAGAACGUCGAGAGCUUCUCCAUAACGUCCCUGAGGAACGUCAUCGGUGAGCUGAGGAGCAAAGUGUCCCAGGAGGUCGAGAACACCAAGAAGCUUCUGAGCACCGUGUCCCCCAGGGAGGAUGGCCAGCUGAUGGGGGAGACCUCCGCAGAUUCCCCCCAAGCCGAGCUGCUCGCCAAGGCUUUGGAGAAGCUGCAGAGGGCAGACCAGUUCCUGAGAGAGGCAGAGAGUUUCGAAGAAUUCAAAUCCAUGGAGAAGAAUAACAAAAGAACAAGUUGGUAACAAAGAUGGCCACGCGAGGUUUUAAAGAAAUGGAAGCAAAUAGAUACACGUUAAAAAUGAUAAAACAGCAGGAUUCUUCGGAAUAUAUGUGCUAACACUGUAAUGUAGUGAUUUCACUUUCCAUCUGAUUUCUAAUGUAAAUCCCAUUUUUAAACAACAGUUCUAAGUUUAAUAUUUCCAUUGAUAUGCUGAUUAAUUUUCGUAAGAUAUGCAGUACAGUUAGACCAUGUCAAUUCAAAAAAAUACAUAUGAUACAAAUCUCAUCAGACUUAUUUUUUUUUUGCCGUAACAUCAGACAGUUCUAAGAGUUUAAUAAAAACUACCUGUGUUGAUACUUGAAGUCAUUUAAGUAUUUUUAAAUGAAAGUGUAAAGACAUUUUUAGUUCACUUCGAAAUCAUGUCAGUUUUUCUGGGAGAUAUUCCAAAAGGGUUUGAAUAUCGCCAUUCCUGCCACACCUCAAAGUUCCCCUUUAAUUUGUAGGGAAUGGAAAUAAUUACAUAAAUGGCGCAGUAUAACCUGAUGUGUGAUCAUUGCUGGAAGCGAGUCAAGCUCGUGGGGAAGGGGCAAUGUACAUACAUGGUACAGAGAAAACUUUGCAAUGUUCAAGCUGAAGGAAUUUUUAGCUGUGACGCUGAGUUUUUCCACUAGGGCUGGUUGCGUAAAAAUGUGGCUCGUCUACCGGUGUAAAACCAUGGUCUGUUCCAUGGUUCUGCUCAGACUUUUCGUUUCUUCAUUUGUGUGAUACCUGGAAUAUUAUUGUAUCCUAUCUACACCAGAGCAAAUAAUAUAUGGGGUUCAUUCAUAUCCUGUCAGAUUUAUAUGUGAAUAUACCUAUAAUAGCACCUGUUUAGCUGCAGUUCUUGACAAAUUGUUAUGUGCGUUCAGUGACAAAAAUCUAGAAAUAAAGUACCAGUAAUGAGUUUCAUUACCGUACAGCUGAAAUAUAAGUGCAGUAUGUCGCAGUGCCAGUAUUAAUUAAUCUGAUUUUAUGCUUAUUUUUCUUUAUUGAGUGCUUUACCACAAAUGUUGUUUUAUUAAACUUUUUUAAAACAAGAUCAUCGUUCAAAAUGUAUAAAUUAUAUAAUAAAACACGUUUCCCUAUAUCAUUUUAUUUAAUAUAUCUAUGCAUUUUAUGUCUGUGACUGGAGUAACACGAAUAUUAGUUUCUAAUGUCUUACUGGCAAUCAAAAAAUAAUAAUAACUGACAGAAAAAUUAUAAAAUGGGAUGGUAGUGUAAAUAUGUAAUAAACACACUUAACACAGCUA